AUGUUCGCGGGGUCAUCUACGCUAUUCAGCUCGGCACCAUCACGUUUCUUAUCUAGAGCAAAAACCUUUCAAGAUAUUGGAGUGGAUGGACGUAUCGUAGCUGGUUUAAAGGAGAUGCAGAUUACGACACCUACUGCUAUCCAACAAAAAUGCAUACCAGCCAUCUUAGCGCGUCACGAUGUGCUUUGCACAGCUCAGACAGGUACUGGUAAGACGCUGUGCUACCUAAUUCCUGUGAUAGAGCAGCUUCUUCGUAACGAUGUGGCUAAGCAAAGAGAUAACAAGUCCAAAUUAUCGACUGAAAUUCUUUUGGGCCGUCCCAGUGCGCUUGUUUUGCUGCCCAGUCGGGAGUUGGCAUUGCAAGUGGCUUCUGUGGCUAAGAAGUUAUCACAUACAGCCAAAUUUGCAUCGUGCACUAUUACAAGCGGAGAACGCAAAAGCAUUCAACAGAAGAACGCAGCACGUCGACUCGAUGUAAUUAUUGGAACUCCUGGUCGUGUUGCUAAAUGCAUUAGUAAGAAAGACUUCUACGUCUCUCGUAUUGAUACUGUGGUAGUAGAUGAGGCGGAUACGCUCUUAGAUACUAAAAUGGGUUUUCGCAAAGAGCUAGAUGCGGUACUUGAACCGAUUCAGGCUAGUGCAGCCAGACGUAAUCAGCCAAUACAAAUAAUUUUGGCAGCAGCCACGAUUCGCUCGCCAGUCGAUCAAGUAGUAAAGAAGAAGUUUGGCAAAUUGCACAUCGUCAGCGACGAUCAGAUUCACAAGACGCCGGAUUCUGUUCGAGAAGAAUUUGUGCGGGUUAAUCCCGAGAAUAAACACUCGGCUUUGCGUGAAGCUUUGCAUUUGCACGGACGUCGCGCGACUAAAACGAUGAUUUUUUGUCGCAAUGCUGCAAGUGUGCGCUCCACAGAGCAUAUGCUGCGUGAACACGGUUUUCAAAACACGGUGUGUCUUCAUGGCGAUAUGCCGCCUACUCGUCGUCACGAAGCUAUCAGUGCGUUCACUGGAGUUCGUGAUGUCGAAAUUUUGGUAUGUACUGAUCUUGCAGCUCGUGGCUUGGAUAUAGUGUCGGUCAAGCACGUGAUAAUGUUUGACUUUCCAAAGUCUGCUGUUGACUACGUGCAUCGUGCUGGUCGGACGGGCCGAGCUGGUGAGUCAGGUCUUGUGACCAGUCUCGUUACUAAGCAUGAUCUUGCGCUUGCCAUGAGUAUUGAAAACUCUAAGCGAAGUAAUAGCACUAUCAAGGAGUUACGUAAAGAUUUUAUUACAAAUGAGUCAGCAAAGCCUCAGCAACAGACAGCGCCUUCACGUACUAAGCUCAAGAAGCUGAGCCGUGGCUUAUCGCAAAAACACGCAGACUUUGGUCGCGGUACUAAAAAGCUACAGAAACGAAAACUUAGAUUGAAUGACGGUGAUGCAUUGACUCUAUCGUGUAAGAUGUUCUAA